AUGAUGAAGGCCAAACCACAACCAUACAAUUUCGGUUAUGACAUCCACAACGAGUAUGGGGACCGCCAGUGGCAACAGGAGCAAGGUGACGGGUACGGCAACAAGCAGGGAUCUUAUGGUUACGCAGACGCUUACGGUAUCAGCCGCCAGGUGGACUACGUUGCUGAUGAGGGUGGAUUCCGCGCCAACGUGAAGACCAACGAGCCUGGUACCGCUAAUCAGAAUCCUGCUGACGUGAGCAUUUAUUCUGAUGCUGUCCCCGUGAAAUAUGACGCUCAUCCUUACGGCUACGCUCGUCCUUAUGGCUACGCUCAUCCUGUUACCUAUGGCUACGCUCAUCCUCAUCCUGCCCAUGACUACGUUCGUCGGGCCGUCCAUUAA